CAGAUAAAGAUCAAAUCAUCGAGUGUCAUUCGCCUGCAAUUUCAACUUAGAUUUCAAUUGGUCAAACUCACAAACCAUUGAAGGUCGAAUGAAUAUUGAUCUCCUUGAUUUUGCUUUCCUUUUAAAGAAAUAAGUAAACCUGUUUCGCAAGGCACCCAACAUUCUACUAAAUUUCUUGACUGAAAUCUUUUUCUCACCAUUUCAGCCGUCGCUUUGUCUCUCAUCUUUGCUUCUCUCUUCCUUAUUGUAUUCUUCAGUAACUUUUUCCGGUAAACCCUUAUUCUCGCAACUAUCCAAUCGACAAUGGCGGAGAAUCAUGGUACCCUGGAAUCACAGAUAGACACAUUAUUGAAUGUAGAAAAGCAGAUGAGACUUGCUGGAGAUGUUGCUGGAACUAGAAAGGCUGCUUGUGAUAUUCUCCGGUUAUGUUUUGAGGCUUCUGCCUGGAAGACCUUGAAUGACCAGAUCAUUCUUCUAUCAAAGCGUCGAGGUCAACUCAAACAGGCUGUGACAGCGAUGGUGCAGCAAGCCAUGCAGUACAUUGAUCAAACACCUGAUCUUGACACUCGUAUAGAGCUCAUUAAAACACUGAAUAGUGUAUCAGCUGGGAAGAUAUAUGUUGAAAUAGAAAGGGCACGCUUGAUCAAGAAACUAGCUAAGAUUAAGGAAGACCAAGGGCUUAUUGAUGAAGCUGCGGAGCUGAUGCAAGAAAUAGCUGUUGAAACCUUUGGUGCAAUGGCAAAAACUGAAAAGAUAGCAUUUAUUCUCGAGCAAGUUCGCCUUUGUUUAGACCGUCAAGACUAUGUUCGGGCUCAAAUUCUCUCAAGAAAAAUCAGUCCCAGGGUUUUUGUUAUUGAUCCAUCAAAAGAAAAGAAACCUAAAGAGGGUGAUGCUGUAGUAGAAGAGGCUCCUGCUGAUAUUCCAUCAUUGCCAGAAUUGACGCGCAUCUAUUAUGAAUUGAUGAUUCGAUACUACAAGCAUCACAAUGACUACCUUGAGAUAUGUCGAUGCUAUAAGGCUAUAUAUGAGAUACCAUCCAUUAGAGAAGAUCCCGGGCAGUGGAUACCGAUCUUGAGGAAAAUAUGUUGGUACCUGGCUCUUGCCCCUCAUGAUCCAAUGCAGUCAAGCCUUUUGAACUCUACUUUGGAGGAUAAGAACCUUUCUGAAAUCCCUAAGUUCAAGUCACUAUUGAAACAGCUGGUGACGAUGGAGGUCAUCCUCUGGACAAUGCUUUGGAAUGAAUUUGAGGCUGAAUUUGAUAGUGAGAAAUAUUUGCUUGGAGGCUCUUUAGGCGAGAAAGCAGCAGAAGAUUUAAGGCAGCGGGUCAUUGAACAUAACAUACUUGUUAUUUCAAAAUACUACUCGAGGAUCACCUUGAAGAGACUUUCAGAGUUGUUGUGCCUUAGCAUUCAGGAAGCCGAGAAACAUUUAUCUGAUAUGGUCGUCUCCAAAUCGUUGGUGGCCAAGAUAGACAGGCCAAUGGGGAUUGUAUGCUUUCAGGUCGUGAAGGACAGCAAUGACAUCUUGAAUUCAUGGUCGAUGAACUUGGAGAAGCUGCUUGACCUGGUUGAGAAGAGUUGCCAUCAAAUACACAAGGAGACUAUGGUUCACAAAGCAGCUCUCAAGGUCUAAAUUAGGGGAUGAACGAUGGAUUUAUGGUAUUCUGUUUCUCAUCUGGAUUGUGAAGGAAGCUCAAUCUGCGAUCUAUUCCUUUUGGAUUGAUCUUUGUGUUCCUAGUAAAAGACAUUUUGCACACUAGAAAAGAGUACACCUAUGUUGCUUGUAUUAUGUGGUUUCCGAUUCCUCUGUUGAUUCAUUUUAUAGAUACAUCCAGCGUAAGAGCAGAUACAAUUUAUUUUAUUAGAGUAUAAGCAGCUCUAUCUUAGUACACUCCGUUUCAUUCGAGUUAAAGUAGUUCCAUCUUAGUACUCUGUUUUACAAUGUCUAUUGACACAAUCUAUAAGUUAUGUCAAUUUUCGAAUAUCUACCACACAAGUUGCA